UACACUUUUGCAGCUAUCGAAUAUAAAUAAUUUUGAUCGCGAGCUAAAAGUGAUCGUUGCCAGUAUCUUUCUUGUAUUGAAACAAGUUUCCUCUUAACAAAUGGUUUGCCACAACGGCACAACAUAAACUUGACGGGCCUAUAUAUAAACUCAACCAAAUAAUUAAACAUUUAUCAAAGAACUGAAUAUUCUUUUCAAAAGGAAUAUAUAUUAUUGCAUACAGCUAUGCUCUCUUAAAAUUUAGCUUUGAUCACCAAAAAAAAAUGGGUGGCAUUAAUUUGGAUAUGUUUUCUUUCUAUUCUCUUCCUUUAAUAUUUUUUUGCCUUUUAAAAUGAAAUAUUGUUGUAGUGGAGCAACAAAAAGAUGACCAAGUACAUGAUACGGACAUUGAAACUAGUUUGGUAUUAUUAUUUUUUUCUUAAAAAAUAGAAAAGAUAUUGUUACUUUAUUUGAUUAUCAACUCCUUAAUCUGUAUCGGAUAAUAAAGUUAAAUAAUCUAAAUGUUAAUUUACUAAAUUUAAUAACAUAGUAGGACCAACUUCACGUGAACAUCAAACUCACUGCAUGAAGUCAGCCCUAUCCCUACACAAAUAUUUUGAACCUUCCCUAUGUAUAUUAAACAAUUCAAAAGAAUAAUUUAAAAAUAUUUUCAAGACUUGAAAUUUUUUGUAUAAAUGCAACAACAUAAAAGCAUUACAUCAUUUCAUUACAAAUUCCAAACUUUAUCUCAUUUCUCUAACAUGAAUAAUUUCUUGAAUUCUCAAUACCUACAUAAACAUCAAUCCAUAUUGAACCAUAACAAAAAGAGGCUAAAUCAAGAACAAGUAAAGAGGUUAGAGGAGAGUUUUGAUUCAACAAAAAAGCUUGAGCCAGAGCAAAAACUCCAACUUGCUAAAGAGUUAGGUGUUCCUCCGCGACAAAUUGCUAUCUGGUACCAGAACAGACGAGCUAGAUGGAAGAACCAGAGCCUCGAGCUCGACUAUAAUGCACUUCAGCAUAAGCUUGACACUGUAUUAGCUGAGAAGAGGAAGAUUGAGAAAGAAAACGAACGUCUUCGAGGCGAGUUGAAGAAGGUAAAUGAGAUGUUUGUUGCUUGUAAAAAAACACAAGGACAUGAGGAAACACAAGGAUUAAUUCCUUUAAAUGCAGCUAAUUCCAUUUCUAGUGGUUGUGAGGAAGGAGUAGUGAGUUGUUCUAGCUUCCAAGAAGAUGUGAGUUGUUCAUUGGUAAAAAAUAAUAGUGAGUCUAAUUUGCAAUUUGAUGAGCUUUAUGCUUGUUUGAUGGGUGCAGAAGAAGGAUCAAAUUGUCGUUUAAGUUGGCAAAAUGGAAAAGAUCUUUGGGUGUGGAAAAAUUGAAAGACAUGUAUUAUUGAAACAAUUUACAGCAUCUUGUUGCUUACAUUAAACUAAUGAAUACGAGAUAUGUGUUUUUCGUGCGCAUAUUCAUUGA